AUGCGCUGUCCGAUCACUACAGCCAGGACACGCCUUGCGCCAACACCUUGCCAGUACUCCAUCUACACUCAAUUGAGAAGGCCUACAAGCUCGUGUAAAUAUAUCAAGCUACAAAACUCACUUCAAAACUCGCGCCCAUUAUGGACCGCCUCUAUCCCACCCAUCUUAACUCCACCAGCCAUCUUUCUCGGCCUUCUUCUGGGUCUGUGGACAUGGAAAUGCUUCUGGAUUAUCGUCUUGCAAAACAAACUCCUCUAUCUAUCCUGGCUUCCACCCUUUUCCCGCUCUGACCAAAUAUCCGAAUACGAGUCCGAAUGUAGGCCCGUUCAAUGGGAAGAGAAACGCAUUCACAGUCUGGAUGGCACGAAAUUGGCUGUCUGUCAGGGGCGGAUCCCGAUGGCCCAUCAGAUCAGGAAGAGGGUUCUUAUUUGCUAUUUCCAAGGGAAUGGAGGGUCGACGCCUCUUCGAUUACCGCUUCUUUCUCAGGUCGUGAAGACUAUCUCCGCCGCAGAAGUCAAGGAUCAGAAGACGGAAUAUAUCAUCGUCGCUCUCUCCUACCGCGGCUACUGGACCUCUUCAGGUCGGGCAACUCAGUCCGGCAUUGAACGCGAUUCGCAGGCAUUCCUGCACUGGGUAUCAGACACAUACUCGAUGCCUGACACCGAUCUCCGGGUUAUCCUCUGGGGUCAUAGUCUCGGAUCCGCCGUUGCGAGCACCGCCCUUUCGACAUAUCUGUCACGGCAAUCCAGCACAACAAGCCUCGUACCGAUCUCCGGGUUGAUCAUGGAAGCACCCACCUCUAAUAUCAAGGAUAUGCUCAUCAGUUUGUAUCCUCAGAGAUGGCUCCCGUAUCGAUAUCUAGGGCCCUUUUCCUGGAAUACAUGGUGCAACACGACUGCCCUCGAACGACUAGCCGAUUGCCGAGACCACUGCGAGAGUACAUCCAUACCCCCCAUCCUGAUCCUGUCUGCUGAACAUGACGAAGUGAUCCCUCCGCAUGUGGCUGGUCAGUUGGAGAGGAGAGGUCAUGAGUUGGGUCUGGAUAUUGCGAGGAUCGAUGUCCCGAAGGCGAUGCAUAUUGAGGCACCGAUGAAGCCGGAGGGAAGGGAGGCAUUGGUGGGAUUUAUUGUCAAGAAUACAUCGUAA